AUGGCACCCAACAUUGCUCUUCAACGUGCUCGUUCACAAAGCAGCGGCCGCCGCAGACAACUCCUUCUCCCUGCAAUUCUUCAACACAUUCAAGACGCACGCAUCAAGUCAAACUCGCCCACACCCGAUUUCAUCACCAACUCUAUCAGCAUGUCAUCAUCCAUCGACCUUUCUGAUCUCUCGGAGGCACUCGACUCGCCUAUCACAUCCGACCAAUACAAGGAAAUGGCCAAGGCUAGAGGAGUCCGAUUCAACAACAGAGUCAGCAUAGUCGAGAUCCCAGCCCCGAACAGGACCAGAACCGUCGCGUUAGUUUCAGCGAAGAAGUCAUCGAUAUCGACACAGCCGAGUCCACACAUCCAUCUCCAUCGCCUAGCCCACGUAAGAAGCNGUGUCCGCUUUGGCUGUCUCAAGACCGGUGUGCGCAAGCAUCUCUCGCACACGUCCAUCUACAAGAUGAAGAACUUUGAGACAAUCAGCCCCCUCAUGACGCCCAAGAAGAGAGUCCGUUUUGGCUGUAUGAAGUGUGAAGCUCCCAUCAUCACUCACACCAAUGCCGAAGUGACUGAGCUGCUGGCCGAGGAGGCUGCCACUUUCAAGCGCGAGAAGAGAAGAGGCUCGAGUUCAGACGCUGAUAGUGAGAUGUCCGAUCAGACGUCUUGCUCCGAAGAUGUCGAAGUGGAUUAA